AUUUUUCAAAGCGGAGUCAGAUGUAAACAAUGUAUUCGCGUCGUGGUUUACAAACAGUCAUAAACAAUCAUUCCAUUCAACAUUGGUGACUGCUCAGUUGGCAUGCUGUUCUUAGAUAGAAAACAAGUGAAAAUCCGUUGUAUUUAAAUAGCCAUUAAAUUCUUAUUGUUCAGGUCGUAAAAACUAUGUGGAUAAAAUUCAUGGUAACUUUGAAUUUAUUGAUGGCAGCAGACAGUAUUAAUCGACCAGUGUACAAAAUUGUUUUGAAUCAGAAAGGAUUUGCUCAGUUCCUUCAAUAUGACGUUGAAACGCCACCCUUGAGGGAGUUCACGUUCUGUACGUGGAUCAGAAUGUACGACCUUACUUGGGACCAGAGCAUCUUUACCUACGUCGUCAAUGGUAAUAACCGCGUAAUACGCCUAUGGUUGAGCUCAGGAGGAAAACAAAUUAAGAUUUCCAUCAAUGGACGGGUGACAUCCAAUUCUCAUGUGGACAUCGUAAAAGACGUAUGGCGCCAUGUUUGUCUCUCGUACCAAUCGGAUUACGGAGCUUGGGCACUGUAUAUCGACGCACGCCUUUUCUCUUGCGAGGCGACACAAAGCCUGUAUGGCUUCAUUCUGCCGGCUGGUGGAAGCGUAAUUAUAGGCUACGGCACCGCCGACAACGGUGAGCCAAACGGCUUUGAAGGCGAGAUAUUUGGUGCGAACAUGAUCUUAACGUCAACAAUAGAACGUAAUUACACCACAAAGAAUGACCCUGUACAUGAACAAAAACCUUUUACAAGGAAUAAAGUGAAAAGUCAAAACAAAAAUAGCUACAUAGUAUUAAAAGAUUUACAAACAGAUGAAAUACAUAAUAAUUUUGAAAAAUCUUUAUUGCCAACUUUUAUAAAUAAAACAAAAAAUUACGUUAAAUUUAAAACUCCCCACAGUUUUGUAGAACAUAAUGUUGGCGUAAAUCUGAGCUCAACCACACCCAAAUCGGACACUAAAUCACAAGAGACGUUGGACAUCUCAGUGACAGAUAAAGCGCAAACGACAAUAUAUAAAGACGAAAUGAACAUUUGGAACAUAGUAAAUCAAAACAAGCAAGGUAGAUUCAGAACAUCGCAAAAAACUACAAGUAAAGCGGCCCAAUAUGAAUCUAGGACGCGAGACAAUGUAAGCGGUUUUACAAUAUCAGAGUAUGAAGCCCCGCCAGUCCCUCCUUCCACGAGCCCAAAGUACUUUAAGCAAAACUUUGAGAUGGAAAAGCGCCCUGUCCCGCUAUCUAUUUAUAAAAUGAAGGAUGAUUCAAUCGCCCUCAAGAAAAGUUUUAACAAUAAAAAAUAUAUAAAUGAAAUAUCAGAGGUCGAGACACCUCCGCUAUUAAGCAAAGAUACAAAAGCUUACGGUCAAUGGACAAGCUCAAAAUUUGCUGGUAAUGUUCUAAAUUACUUGAAAAGCAUUAAUUUUCAGAGCAGAGAUAAAAAGAAGGUACAACAAAAUAUACCGUUUAUUAAAAUAUCAGACACUUUGCCCUACGCGUCUGAUUUUAAAAUAAAUAAGGUGCGUAAACCUUCACAAUUUCAAAGGCAUCAUUUUAUAGAAAAUCGUUUUGCCGCUAAUAAAAAGAAUUCGCGAAUAAAUGUUCAAAUACUGAAAGACGAUAUCAGAACUAAUAGAAUUAAAUCACAAGUCCAAACCCAGCCUAAGCAAGUAGAAAUAACGAACAGAGGAGAAUCAAUGAAAAAUGAUCACAGACAUUACCGAAAUGCAGAUAAUCAAGAAUACUUUGAAAGCAUUAAUACCAUAGAUAAAAAAAUUACACGCCGUCCGUUCUCAGUACAGAGUAUAAAGAAAAACAAUUUCUUGUCGUCUGAAAAGACUUUACAAAACAAUAAUUUAAUGUCGAUACUACCAUUUUUAAAAACUUUAGAAUAUUAUAUAGAAGAAUCGGCAAACAGAGAAAGGCAAAAUUUAGAAAAAGAUAACAUUUAUAUUAAAAGCCUCUUGAAUGCUAACAAGUGGCAUAAUUCAAAAUCGUAUAGCAAUGAUUAUACGCCACGAAAAAUAAACAUGGAAUCAAAUGGGCACAGUGAACUUGACAACAAAAUAGCUGAAUAUAACAAAAAACAUCCGUCGGUAAGACUUAAUUACAUACAUGAAACUCACAAGGUUGAGAAGAGUCCCGAUGCUGAUAUUUUAAAGGGAAGGGAACUUGCCACGGAAGUAUCGAACCAAUCUAAUUAUAAUAAAGAUUCAAUAUCGUUGCUCAAGUUUAACCAUGGCUUUCUGCCGGGACAUGAGAAAAAAGUUAAAAUUUACGACAAACUCAAUUCAGGUUUGCCGGGAAACUUAAAAGCGAGACUGGAUAGCCAAAGAGGUAUUAAUAAUAAACAUGUAAAAAUAGAUAAUAAUGCUGUGAAUGAAAAAUAUAUAAUAGGUGUGGAUAACGAACAGAAGACUCAAAGUUAUGUAGGUGGAUUUGGUAUCGUACCUGACAAACACAGGUAUAGAUCAAAUAUAGAUCACAUGAAUGGUAACAUACCUUCAUCAUUAGGUCCAAGAGUAUGUAAGAACGUUGAAUUGUACGAUCGUGUAUUGUACGUGCAGCCGGACGAAAGUAUCGACAUGACUCACAUUCUAUCUCCAGUAAGAGUUAAAAAUAUGGGUAUAGAAUUUAUCAUGCAAAACUAUAAAAAAUGUUCACUAUCCGAUUCUUCCAUAGAAAAUAACGAAAUGCUUUUUAUAGAUUGGAGUAAAACUCCUGUUCGUUUGUUUGGAGGAGCUUUUCCCCGAACAACAACCGAUCUUUGCGGUUUCUUUUAAGUAGUUUAACCAUAAUUGUAAAUUGGUAUUUUAUAAAUAAAUCUUGUUAACUAUAUUUUUUUCAAAAUUUUUUGGUACACAUGACAUAGAGUAUUUUAAAAUAUUUUCUUCUAUUAUUGACAUUUCGCAUUUUAAACUGCAAAUCUAUCACCAAAGUGUUACAACGUCGACAUUUGCGCAAACUGGUCGCCCUGGUUCGGAGAGUGUCAACGAUACAGUAACGGUCCGCCGCCCCGGACCUGUAUUAUGUAAGCUUUUAAAAUGCAAUGUGAAUGUAUUAUGACAUCGGGGGAACAUCUAAAUUGAAUUUCAAAGGUCACUCCGUAAAUCGGACAGGAAGAAUAAUAAUAGCUUAUAAUAGCUUAGAGAUAUAUCUACAUAUUUUUAUUAUGGCACACUCUCAAUAUUUUCAAGCGAGAGUCUAAGGGCUAUCCCCAAGUUGGUAAAUAGGAAUCGACUCAAGCUCGCUCCUUAUCACUCAAGAGAAUAUUAUUUAUAAAAUGUAAUUACUAGUCUAACCCCCUUA